AAAACAAAAGCAACGAUGAAGGGGCAACUAGACAAGUGUGCUUUUAGGCUGUUUCUGAGUCUGUGAAUCGAAGGCAUGGCAGCAUGCCAACUUUUCUUCCACUCAUUUCUAUUGCUUCCACCCGAAAAUAAGACCCCUAAACUAAAGUACCAGAGCUGCCCCCCACGAAAAUAUGCACUGCUGUUAUAAUCCAAUCUUGAAAUGAAAAUUUGCCAUCUCGUUUUCCUUGUUUAUCUUUUCUUCCAUGCCUAUUGUGACUCUGAUGUUCUCGUUGGCUACCAUGUAACACUGGCUAUACCUCCAGCAUACAGCAGCGGAUUCGUGGGGAGAGCUUUCAUUAUGGAAACUGACCAAACCGAGCCCAACUUUAGAACUGCAGUCAGUGUUGAAGCUCUGGAUGACAAGUACGCGUGUUCACUAGAUAUCUUCCUAGGAAAUGUUAAGGUAUGGAGUUCUGGCCAUUUCUCUCGAUUCUACACAGCAGACAAAUGCAUGCUCGAGCUCACAGAGGAUGGAGAUCUGCAAUUGAAAGGUCAGAAAGAAAUAAUUGGAUGGAGGAGUGGAACAUCUGGACAAGGCGUCCAGAGGCUGCACUUGCUAGAGACAGGUAAUCUCAUUUUAGUAGAUCCUCUGAACUUGAUUAAGUGGCAAACUUUCAAUUUCCCAACUGAUGUAAUGCUUCAGGGGCAAAGGCUAAGUUCAAGGACUCGGCUAACGUCUUUCAUCAGCAACAACUCGAGUUUAUUCUAUUCGUUUGAAAUUCAGUAUGAUAAGAUUGUACUGUAUUUGAAUUCUGGCAAGUGGAAGUAUUCUUAUUGGGAAUUUAAGCCGUACCCUUAUGGUGAGAAAAACAUUACAUAUAUAGAAUUGACUUCCAAAGCGCUUGAAAUAUUCAAUGGUAAGUUCCAGAAAGUGGCUCAGAUUACCUCAGAACAGCCUCAGCCCGUGAGGUUUCUAGCACUGGGAAAUUCCACUGGUAAUCUAGGGCUCUACUAUUACUCAGCUGAGAGACAAAUGUUCCAAGCUUCCUAUCAAGCACUCAAUGGGACAUGUGAUCUUCCUUUGGCUUGCAAUCCAUAUGGAAUUUGUACAUUCUCCAACGCCUGCUCUUGCAUUCGACUAAUGACAAAAGGUAUCGGGUCACUUCCAGAUUGCAGUACUGAUGGCAUAUCUGAAGGGCUGUGUGGAAGGAACCAGGCAGAGAUGGUUGAGCUGCAAGGCGUUACGAGCAUUCUGAGGCAGGGAACCCCUAGCGAGGUCAAUAUCAGCAAAGACGCAUGUGCAAAUCUGUGUUUGGAUAACUGUACUUGUGUUGCAGCAUUAUACAUCUCGUCAGCUGAAGCUGAUGCAAACUUGCAGCAAUGUUUUCUCUAUGGAUUGGUUAGGGGAGUUAAGGAGAUCCAGAGGGGAAGCACAGGGAGUUAUUGGGUUAAAAUGCCGAAGGGAAGUCGAGAUCAGGUCCAUGGCAAGAGUUCUGGAUUGAAGAAAUGGAGUGUAAUUGUGAUAGGAGUGGUUGAUGGUUUUAUCAUUUUUAUUGUUUUGGCUGGCAUUGGAUAUUAUAUAAUUCAGAAGAGAAGACAAACCUCAUUGAAUACCAGGCACACCCCUUAAUUAUUCUUUUUCCUCCAAUUUUAUUCAAAAAUUCCAGCUGACUAGUAGCAAGA